AUGGCUGCCGGGAGCCGCGGACCCCGCGCCCAGCUGUGGGCGGCGGCGCUGCUCCUGCUCGCUCUGCCGCGCGGCCCGGUGCGGGCGGACGGGAAGCUGUUUGUGCUGGAGUCUCAGAAUGGCUCUCAUGGCCUAGAACUGGAGGUGGCUCGGCUUUCCUGCAGGAGCAGGGGAGCUCACCUGGUGUCUGCGGAAGAGCUGCGGAGGGUGGUCCAGGAUUGUGCCUUUGCAGUGUGCACAACGGGCUGGUUGGCGGAUGGCACCCUGGGGACAACCGUGUGUAGCAAGGAGAGUGAUGAACAGCAAAUCACGAGAGCCGUUGAUGUGAGAAUUGAAGGCAACCCAGUUCCCGGUGGCACAUACAAUGCACUUUGUAUUAAGGAUGAAGAUAAGCCGUGUGGAGACCCACCUUCGUUCCCACACACCAUCCUGCAGGGCCGCACAGGCCUGGAGAUGGGAGACGAGCUGCUGUAUGUGUGCGCCCCGGGCCAGGUCACGGGCCACCACGAAACCGCCUUCACCCUGCUGUGCAACAGCUGUGGGGAGUGGUACGGCCUGGUGCAGGCCUGCGGGAAAGAUGUGGCUGAGGCACAUAUUGACUAUGAAGAUAAUUUCCCUGAUGACCGAUCUGUGUCAUUCAGAGAGCUCACGGAGGACUCCCAGACAAAGGCAGAGGAGGACAAAGGUCCAGGAGACGCAUCUGAGGACGCUCCAAAACAGGACCAUCUGGUCUCCAUUUCUGUGGGGAGAAAAAACAUAGCCCAGGAUACAGCCUUUGUGCCAACUACAGGCUUGUCCAUCGCAGGAAGCAGUGUCCCCACAGAUGUGUCAGGAUCCCAACUAAACCAGAAAUACUUGCUCUGGUUUCCUCCUGAGAACUUCCACAAGCCUGAGCAGGAGAAGGAGAUGAAUGAUGGCACCAAAAAGCAGUUUCCAGCUAGAGAUAACCACAGUAGCCUAACACUGGCUCCAAGUGGACCUGAAGCCAAGGUGAUCUAUAGCAGCACUGAUGGUCACACGGGGCCAUUGGUGGGCAGGACUGCCAGCAGGAGAGGGGACCCAAUGGUGAGCAGCAGUGAUGAGUCCUGGUUAGAUGGCUACCCUGUGACCGAUGGGGCUUGGAGGAAGAUAGAGGCAGAAGAAGAGGAAGAGGAAGAAGAUGGGGAUAAGGGAGAUGGGUCAGUAGGGGUGGAAGAAAUGGUUCUAGUUACUUCUACUGAUCAGCCCAUUCCUGUAGAAGUUAAGAAGCCCAGGAAUACCACCUUCACACCAAGUGAGGACAUGACCCGUAGUUCAGUUCUUCCAUCUCAAACACUAGAUAUGGAAGCUUUGGCUCUCAGACCAAAAAAUGUAUCUGAGACUGAGAGUCCCAGCAAGGGAGAUGAUGACUUGACCAAGUACCAGUCAACCGUGGCUUGGAGGUUUGCCACAGAGAAGUCUCCUAUGGCCACCCUACCCUAUGAACUCACCAGCGCUACCCUGGAGACAGUAACAACUGCUGUCCAGCAGAUGCUGAAUCACAUUCCCUCAACUGUCAUGGCGGCCACGCAAACUCCAGUGGAAACCGUUGCUCCUGAGGUCCAGGAUAGUUUCCCAUACCUGCUGUCUGAGGACUUCUUGGGACAGGAAAGCCCUGGCCCAGGUGCAAAUGAGGAGCUUCUUCCAACUGUGGAACCAUGUAUAGGGGAUAGGUGUCCCAGCCUCAGCAGAGGCCCUGUCAUUGCUGCCAUUGUCACCGUCCUGUGUCUGCUGCUGCUCCUGGCAGGUGUGGGGGCAGUGUGGGGCCACCGUAAGUGCCAGCACAAGAGCUCUGUGUACAAGCUGAACAUUGGCCAGCGGCAGGCUCGGCACUACCACCAGCAGAUUGAAAUGGAGAAGGUCUAGCCACCUUCAGAGCAGGCUCUCCCAAAGCCACUUAGGAGGAAAUAAACUGUGCCAUGUCUCAUUGAUAAACACUGAUAAUUCACUAGAGCAUGAAACAGGUGGAGUAGGGCUUGUCUUUAUUUUUCUCAGGUCUUUGUUCUAUAGGCCAAGAAGUGUCUCUGGAGGCACCCAGUAGGAUAAGAAGGCUUUGGUGGCAUCAUCACACACAUCAAUAUCUCCUUAACCAACUGCUCUGGACUGUAUUGUGCUAAUCCCAGACCUGUGCUCAGGCCCUCAUUCCAGUGUGAGUUCAAAACUCACCUCUCACUUCAUCUUCUUUUCCUUGUUUUAAGAAAAAAAAAAAAAAAAGAAUGACUCCACGACCUGAAAUUUUUAGAAAAAGUGUGAUAAACUGAGCAUUU